ACUACGUAAAAGCAGCUAGUCACGGAUUUAUUUGUAUCCGAAUUCUCAUAGUGUGUAGUGAGGAUCAAAGUUUACUGGAUAUAAGUCAAUUUUUUGAUAGUUCUGUCAUUUGUAUUUUCUGUGUUAUUUUUUAAAAGUGCGAGUGUUUGUAGACAAUUCUACUGUUAGACUCUUUUAAGAUAUGGUACUUCUGACAUAAUUUGCAAAGAUCGGCACAAACCUAAUGAAUGUAGAUGUUUCCACCGCAAGAACCAAUACCAACAAGUCAAGAGAGGAUCGAGAAAAAGGCGGAAACAGGUAUACUGCAAUCGGAUCCGGCCCAUCCCUGUAUGCAUACGCACUUAUACAGCCCUUCUUCCAAAGUGCACUGUCCGUGGCCUGAACAACCAUUUUCACAACCAGCUGUAAAGGAAAAGGUAUGUUAGAUAUUUAGGAUUUUUUGCGGACCCUUUACAAGAUGUAAAAAGUUUACCAAAUGCUCGAGGGCAAAAAUUUCUUCAAUAUUUAUUUUCCAGUAUAC